GUGCACUAACCUCAGAGUCAAUACUUGAAUAUUUUUAUUAUAAUUCCCAUAAAUAUGUAAAUGGAUAAAUAAUAAUAACUAUAAAUUAUUAAACUAGUAGGUGAUUGAUUAUUUAAUUAAUUAGUGCAUUAAAAAAUAUAAAAAAUGGCGGAUAUCGCUGCUAAGAGAGAAGCGCGACGUCGCAGGAUACUUGAAAAUUCUGAGUCUCGCCUACAAAAAAUAUCUGGAAGAGAUGAAAGUGAAACUAAAGUUAAUGGCAGCGCAGCAGAAAUUUUCGAAGAUCCAGAAAUGCCAGAAAUUAGUUUUCUUCAAGAUAAUCCGCGUCAUCACAACCAGGAGACACUGGAACCAUUUGAACGGCUGAUACGAGAAUCGGCUCAAAUGCCCACAGACUUCACAUACGAGUCGCCAGAGGCACCAACAAGUCCCGAGGAGCUUGCGAACCUUCUUCUCGGCACUGCAAGUCCGGAUGUACAAAAAAAACCAUCAAUUUUAAAUUCUUUUUUAUUCAAUCGCUCAAUUUAUGUAGUUCUCGCGAUACUACUGAACUUACUAAUUAUUCUACAAAUUGACAAUCCUAUCGGCAAGAGUGUAAUUGUUCCAUUCUUUCUACUUCUACUACCUCGCAUUUAUAUAAUUACUACUCAAGAAAAUUCACCAAGAGAGAACAUGAUGUUUGCAGUACUAAUGCUGUGCAAUAUUCGUCCAUCGUUGAUAUACAAAAUUAAAAAUUCAUAUAAAAUAUGGACAUUAAUAAUUCACGAUCUAAAUGUUUAUAUUUUUACAUUCGUUAUUUUUUAUUACGCAGUAACGAGACAUUUUGUAGACUACGAAGAUGAGCUGGCUAAGCUAGAAACUGUCCAAGUGAUAAUCGAUCCCUCGACGUAAUUUUUUUAUUUUUGUUUAUAAAAAAAAAAAUUAAUUUAACUUCUUAUUUUUUAAAAAAUCUUCUUUAAUUUAUAUUACGAAUAAAAAAAAUUAUAAAAAAUAAUAAUAAUUUAUUUGGAACCAAAAUUUUUUUUUUUUGUCAAAAUUUAUAUUUAUUCAAAUUUAAAAUCCAAAUUCUGGCUCAAUUAUAAGAGAUAAAAAAAAAUGCACUGAUAGUUAUUUGUAGGAAAUUUUGUUAUCUAUAAAAAGUCUCUCAUUAAAUAUUUACCUAAACUCAUUAAUUUUGGCGCAAUUUUGAUUUUAAGUUCAGAAAAAAAAAUUAGCAGAAGAAAAUUUAAAAUUUUUUAAUGAAAAAAAUUUUCUCUGCCAAUUUUAUUUUCGAAAAUAAAGUUUUCAGUGGACGCAGUCGUUUCAAGUCCCCAGGAAAUUUUUUUAAAUAUUUUCAGAUAAUCCAGAGCCGGACGAUGAUAAAAAUUUUUUUUUUUCUGAUUUUCAAAGGCUCAGCAUUAAAAUGAUAAAAAUUAUUCUAAUUACUCUUAAUUACGUAAUUUUUUAUAAACUCAAGGUUUAAAAAUUUUAACUUGAUCAUAUAAAUUACUCUUCAAUUAAUUAAACCCGAAAAAUUAAUUCUCGUUUAAAUAAUUAAUUUGAAUUGAACAACUUUUGGCGCGAAAAUUUCGAUUUGAAUUUUUUUUUGUAAAAAAAAUAGAUGAAAUAAAAAACUUACAUUUUCAACUUACGAUGAAUUAAUUUUAAUUAAAGUAGGGACGAAAAUUUGAUUGAUUAAAUGAUUAAAGUAUAUUUAUGUUAAUUAAUUACACUCACAAUUAAUAUUUUAAAACAAUCCCUAGCGGAUCCGAAUUACGGUAAAUACAGUGAUUUACCGUAAUUUACCGUAUUUUACGGCGCCUAGCAGAAUUACCGUAAAUUACGGUAAUCUACGGCAAAUUGCGGUAAUUUACGGCGAAAUGCCGCAAAUUUGCGGUGAAGCUGCGUUAAAUUUACGGCAAUGUUGCGGUGAAAGUGCGGUAGUUUACGGUAAAAAUGCCGCAUUUUCGCCGUAAAGUUGUGGUAACAGUGCAGUACUUUACCGUAGAAGUUUUGUAAAAUUGCGUUAUUCCACCAUAUAAUUGCGGUAAAUUUGCUGUAUUUUACUGUAAUGUGAAGCUUUUCACUGGAAUGUCUGUUGACAAUCGGAUAUUUGACUGUAAACAACUGUCUUUACUUGACAUUUCGGUACCGUGUCUUUAAGAUUUGGUAUUUGUGUAGUGCUGGAUACCCUAGCGGAUCUGAAUUACGGUAAAUACAGUGAUUUACCGUAAUUUACGGUGUCUAGCAAAAUUACCGUAAAUUACGGUAAUUUACCGUAAAUUACGGCAACCUACGGUAAAUUGCCGUAAUUUACGGUAAUUCUUCUAGGCGUCGUAAAUUACGAUAAAUUACGGCAAUUUACCGUAAUUUGCCGUAGAUUGCCGUAACUUACCGUAAUUUACCGUAGAUUACUGUACUUACGGUAAUUCUGCUAGGCACCGUAAAUUACGGUAAAUCACUGUAUUUACCGUAAUUCGGAUCCGCUAGGGUAUAUUAUUCAAAUCCCUAGCAGAUCCGAAUUACGGUAAAAUACAGCAAUUUACCGUAAUGCCGCCGAAAAAUCUACGGUAAUUUACCGUAAAUUGUGGUAAAUUGCCGUACCUCACGGUAAUUUACGGUUGAUUGCCGUACCUUGCGGUAAUUUACGGUAAAUUACCGUAGAUUUUUUCGGCGGAAUUAUGGUCAGUUGCGGUAAUUUACGGUAAAUUGCUGCAAUUACCGUAAUUUGGAUCCUCUAGGGUAUAUUAUUCAAAUCCCUAGCAGAUCCAAAUUACGGUAAAUGCAGUGAUUUACCGUAAUUUACGGUGCCUAGCAGAAUUACCGUAAAUUACGGUAAUCUACGGUAAAUUGCAGCAAUUUACCGUAAAUUACCGCAACUGACCAUAAUUCCGCCGAAAAAUUUGCGGUAAUUUACCGUAAAUUGCGGUAAAUUACCGUACCUUAUAGUAAUUUGCGGUAAAUUGCCGUAGAUUUUUCGGCGGAAUUACCGUAAGUUGCGGUAAUUUACGGUAAAUUACUGUAAUUUACCGUAAUUCGGAUCUGCUAGGGAUGGUGGCUUAAGUUGUAAAUAAAUUAAAAAAAAAAAUAGCUGACAUUAUUUGAUUGAUUUUUUCUUCAUAUUUUAUUUAAUUAAAUUUUUUUUAAUUUAUGGGAAAAUUGCAUGUAGGAAUUUUUCUUACAAGAAUUAGCGAGCGGGCUGCUUGCAGAAAUUCUACACCAAGAAAUCCUGCGACUGUCUAUGGUUAUCGUUUAAUUAAUUUUUCAAGGAAACGAUAAUAUUAUAAUUGUUAAUUUAUUUAUUCAUGUCUGGUAUAAAUUUAAUAUAAAUAUAUGCAGGUAAUGAGUAUUGAUAAAUAUUCAGUAAGAGUUAAAAUAACUGCUGAUAAAAAAAUUUUCUUUAUUGAAACCAGAUGUGACCUUUUACCUGAGGUUAUUCAAGAGAAGUUAAUUAUAAUUUAUGAACACCAAAAAUUUUAAUUAAUCAACUAAAUAAAUAUUUUUUUUUAUUUUACGCGAAACUGAUGAUAAAAGUGGAUAUGAUUUGGAAUUUUUUCGUCAAUCAAUACUGUGAGUUGAGUCGAAAACAUCAGCAAAAAAAUUACUCAUAUUUCAUAUAAAUAUCUUUUACAAAAAUGACCUACAAGGUAUUUAUGACAGUAUUUAUAUCGUUUAUUGUGAUGUCAAUUAUCAUAACAGAUACAGAUGCAAGCGAUUUUGACCCCAAUGGUCAGCUCAUAAGAGAACUGCCAAUGGGAGUAUUGGAAGUAUCUUCGAUCUGUCAAGAUGAAAUGGCAGCUGUGAAAAAUUAUGACUUACAAAAAAUGAUUGAGUUUGUUCCGAGAGGUCUUGAUGAUAUUAAGAAGUUCUUUCGUGCGGAGAUUGGGCCCUAAUGUUGUCAAAUUCGUCCAUACUGUAAUUACCAUACAUAAGUAAAUUCCGCUGAAAUCUAAAGAUUUAUUUGAAAUAAAUGUAAAUUUCAUUCAUUUAAUAGCUAACUGAUUAAAUAAAAAUUUAUUUUUAACAACCAA